CCCCCCCUCCAUCCUCGGUCCCCGCCGCUCCUGCCGGGCGCUGCGAAGCUGCGGGCGCUGCGGCGCCUCCGAGCGGGGCGGGGAGGGGGCGGCCGGCGCGGCUCCCAACGGGGUGUUUCACACCUUCUCCAAGCCGGGACGGUUCCAGCAGAAAGUUCAGCGUGCGAGAAGUUUUGGGGGCAGCUGAGAGAGUAUCUCGGCAGCUGGGACUGCGGGGUUAGUUUUGUUUGGGUGUAUUUUUUUACUUUUUUUUAUUAUUUUUAUCUUCAUCUUGCAUAAAACUCCCUGAAAUACACAGGCAACUCGCAGCAACAGAAAAAAAAAAGUCUGGGAAAGGGGGGAGAGAAUACGAGAGAGAAGGAAGCAAAGCAGCCUUGGUGGGGAGAGCCGGGUUUCUUUGCAGAGACGCGGUCCCGUGCACAGCGGAUCCCAAUGCAACUGCUCAUCCUCCUCCUCCUUUACGCUGUCGUCUGUGCCAACUUUUGCAGCCGUCAGGGCACCACUGCCCCUGCCCAGGGCGGAUCUAUCAGAGCCUUGAGAUCCUCGAAUAUCAGGCGAGAUGAGAGCAAUCACCUCACAGACUUGUACCGAAAAGAAGAGACCAUCAGCGUGGCAGGGAAUGGCUGCAUCCACAGUCCUCGCUUCCCCAGCAGUUACCCCAGGAAUCUCCUGCUGACGUGGCGGCUCCACUCCCCAGAGAACACCAGGAUCCAGCUGGCUUUUGAUAAUCAGUUUGGACUGGAGGAGCCUGAAAAUGAUAUCUGCAGGUAUGACUUUGUGGAAGUGGAAGAUAUAUCAGAGACCAGCACAGUUAUACGGGGACGGUGGUGUGGACACAAGGAAGUACCUCCAAGAAUAACAUCAAGAAGGAAUCAGAUAAAGAUAACCUUCAAAUCCGAUGACUACUUUGUGGCUAAACCCGGAUUCAAGAUUUGUUACUCCCUUGUGUGUAGCUCGAAAGAGGCAGAUUUUGCAAACACUCAGGAAAUGGAUGAUUUCCAGCAUGCAGCCUCAGAAACCAACUGGGAAUCAGUCACAAGCUCUGUCUCAGGGGUAUCCUAUCCCUCUCCAUCAGUGACCGACCCUACGCUCACGGCGGAAGCACUGGAUCAGACCAUUGCUGCAUUUGACACAGUGGAGGAUCUGCUCAAACACUUCAAUCCAGACUCCUGGCAAGAAGAUCUCGAGAAUUUAUACACAGACAGUGGCCACCAUUAUCGAGGCAGAAGCUACCAUGACAGGAAGUCCAAAGUUGACCUGGACAGGUUAAAUGAUGAUGUGAAACGUUACAGCUGCACUCCGAGAAACUACUCUGUCAAUUUAAGGGAGGAACUGAAGCUGACAAAUGUAGUUUUCUUCCCCCGCUGCCUCCUUGUCCAGCGCUGUGGAGGAAACUGUGGCUGUGGGACGUCAAAUUGGAAAUCCUGCACAUGCAUGUCAGGGAAAACAGUGAAAAAAUAUCAUGAGGUGCUGAAAUUUAUCCCUGAAGCGGGGCAUCCCAGAAGAAAAGGCAGAACCAGGAACAACAUGGCCUUAGUGGAUAUACAGCUGGAUCACCAUGAGCGUUGUGAUUGUAUCUGCAGUUCAAGACCACCUCGAUAAAAAAUAAAUUUAAAGGAAAAAAAAAACCCAAGACACACUAAUUACAGCUUAUCAGAAGUUUACCUUUAAGCAGGAUUCCUCUGAGGACCUUUACUCACUAAAUAUUCGAACUUCGCUACUAGCCUGCCUUUGCAAUUAGCAAAACUGAUUGUUGUGUUUCAGCAUAGCUGUGCUGAUUAGUGCCAUGGCAGCUAAACAGGUAUAUCAUAGAUUCAUGUAUCAGCAUCCAAGAAUAUGGGAUUAUGGUUAUCUGUAGCUAGAUUCUGAGGGUGGAGAUUUUCCAAGCUCACUUGUAAUCCUUAGGCACACAAUGCCCACUCAAAUUAAACACCAGUUCUGUAGGCAUUUGUGGUAGCUGGCAAUGAAUUGGCAUUGUGUUUCUCUUUCUCACUUACCAGCCUCUACACUCGAAUUUGACUGCACACAAAUUUCUACUCAAAUUCUACACUCGAAUUCUACAUUUUUGCAUGCUCAGCUGUCCUGACAGUCAGUAGGGUUUCGUGGUUAUAAAUGAAGAGAGAGUAUGAGUGUAAAAUGUUUUUUCCAGUUCCAAGAGGGAACUUCCCAGCGUUUCCUCUCAGCAGAGUAAGAUAUAAUCAGGAAAAUCCACCACUGAAAUAACACACCAGUAAAGUUAAAUUUCACUGUCUUUACUCAAACAAAUCAUGUGUUGGAACUAGUAGAUGCUUUGCAUAAGCCAGGACACUGGUGGUGGUAGAGGUGUGCGAAGGCUGGUACUUUUGCCAUGGUGACUCCACAGGAGCCAUCACCCGGGCACUUCUGCAAGAGGGGGCUCCCACCAGGUUCCCAGGUGAGUCCCCAUGGGCUGGGGCUGAUUCUGGUCUUUACCUACCCGGGCUGGACACCUGUCCCUUGCCCAGAGCUGCCCACAGCUACCCAGGAGGAGCCCCCUUGACAUAAAAGGGGAGAGACAGCCCUCACCCUGUAUCCUCCUCACUGCAGUUUGAGGAGGGUCCUGUUUCCCCAAGCAGGCCAUGAAAAUAGGGCCCUUGAUUGUUGAAAAUAUUGAUUUGUUUUGCAUUUGUUUUACUCGGGAACAAAAACUGUGCUUGAGAUUUAAUUAUCAUUAUUUGGUUUGGGGUUUGUUUGUUUGUUUGUUUUAAAUAUGGAUUAUUAUAACUUUGUCAUAUAUGCAUUAAUCUUAGUUAUCUGAGGUUAGUUGUCUCAUUUCAGCUCUGUGUAUUGCCAUAGUUAAACUGUUGACGGUGACUUUCUUUUUGAUUGCAUUUUGCUGAGGCAUAUUAACUCAUUAAGCAAUGUCUGUCUGUCAUGGAAAAUGUGCAUCGUUUAUUAACUUCCAGAAAAAUAUUAUUAAGCACCACUUCAUAAUAAAAUAAGCACUUUAAAAGCUACAGCAUAGCUUCCUAUGCCUUUUAAAAUAUUACGCAAGUGCUCUAGCUGAAAAAGGAAGAACAAAUAUCCUUCCCAACUAUCUUUAAAGGUCUUAAAAUGCUGCUUCAGAAGUGUAAAAUAUAGGCAGAUUUAAGUCUGGCAAAGCAUUGGGGUUUUCAUCAUGAAUGUAACAGAGGAAAAGGGGUGGCACAUUUAAUGACUGGUGUUUUAUAUUUAAUAGCAGACAUAGGUUGCAUUGAUUCAUUUUGUUUGUGUUGCCUCUUGUGUUUCUGUCUCUCCGAAAAAGCAAAGUGGUUUGACACUAGUGCGUUAUAAUUAGUGGAAACUGGCGCAGGCUACAAAAUAAUACUGAGAGCCUUUAAGCCAGUGUGUUCUAACAAUCAUAAAAGUGUUCUGACUUUUCCUCUUUAUCAACCCAAAUAUUUGAAACCUGCUCUUUUGUAAUUUUAGCAAAACUUUACUGAAACAUCUCCGAGAAAUGUUGUGUUUCUUUCUUUCCUGUACUUUAGCCUUUGAGAUUCAAAAUGUUUGGGGGGGGGGUGUCAUUAUUUAUAUCAUUUUUUUCCUCUCUGACUCCCAGAUGUCUAUUUAAAAAUCCUGAAUGCUGACUCAGGAAGUGAUUUUCUGUUUUUCAAAGCAAUACAUGUUAAAGAACAGCACUGUAAACAAAAAUUGCUAGCUUCAUUUUGUAUUUCAAGACUAUUUAAAGAAGACUUCAUUCUCUUUCUGUCUCUAGCUUAAUAAAAAGAUUGACCCAGCUCUUCCAUAAUUUUUAGAUAAUUUUUGAAGAGGUACCUCUACAGGUAACUGGGAGAGAGAGAGGCGCUUCCAAAUAUGCCUUAGCCCUCAGGUUGAAAUUGCCCAAUGUGGGAGCUUUUCUCUCUCUCUUUUGACUAUGCAGAGAGAUUAGAAACCUGAAUUUAGCAUCUAAAUGAGACAAGCAAAGGUAGAUAGUAUGAAUACUCAUUUUAAAUAUUCAACAACUAAUAGUUUAGCUAAUUGAUUUUGAUACAGGUAGCAGUGGAUGCAGAAAAAUUCAGCUGUAAACUAAAAAGAGUUUGGUAUAACAGAGAAUAUCCUGUUGCUUAACAUUGAGUUUACUUUCUUAAAUGCAGGCUAAACUUGUCACAGAAUUUAAACUGUGAUUUCUGGGAGACUUACUAAUGAAUGGAACCAUUCACUGCUUCAUGCUGCUGUCUGCCUUACAGAUAGUGCGCUCCAGCUCCAUGCAGGACAGUCAAGGAAAGACAUUAUGAUGCGAUGUUGGAAUGGUUGGACUUGAUGACCCAGUGGGUCCCUUCCAACGUAGUGAUUCUAUGACUCUAUGAUUCUAUGAUGUAGGGAUGAUAACAUAUAUGUGAACUAAGGAAAACUCCCAAAAACCUAAACCGUGAGCUGCAAUCAAAGACCUUGGUGAAGCCAAAUGAUAGCAAAAAUUUUCAUUUUUAUUUAUUAGCAGAAAUUGCAUGUUUUUUCCUUUCCUUUAUUUUCUCUUAUAUGUUUGUAAUAAUUGCUACGUUGUUUACAUAUUUUUUAACUUAAAAAGCAAAGCUAUUAAAAAAAAAAACAGUCAGGUUUAUUUUUAUUGGUGUAAUUGGACCCCCUCCAAAAUAAGUAGAUUUUCAAAGGAAACUCGAAAGAUUCCUAAUUUCAAACCACUCACUAGCUUUUUAUUUACUGUAUUCUUCUGGGAUAGAGCCUACUUUCUCAAGUGCAAUCGAUAUAUACUUUUUUGUUAUCUCAGUUAAAUGCAGCUUUUCUAGCAGUAUUUUUUACUUUAUGCAGUAUGUAAUGUGUCUUAUCUUGAUGAAAAAAUAAA